UCCUUCGCGUUUCACCUGUCCUGCCCCUUUAAGAUUAGACAUUUCAAUCUAGGCGUGUUUCCUGCUGCCAUUGACUAAAACAGAGAGCUGGCAUCCUGCGGGGAAAAAGCACACCAAACAGCUUUACAUAUUCCCAACCACAGUGGCGUCUGUUUAUCAUUUUUAAGGGAUUUAUUUUUAAUUUUUUUGCAUUUAAACGAGGACGAUUUGACCACGACCAGCAGCAUGGUCAUAGUCCACUAUCUGUGAACGCGCAGCUGCUCGAUCAUUUAUUAUCAUUUAUUUAUCGAGAUGAUAUGAAUGUCAACUGGUCAAGGUCUGCUCUCCCGAUGCUACAUCCGCGUUUGGAUUUUCAAGCCUCUGGUGGGAAACAUCUGCCUCAAGCCUUUGGAUGAAUUUCUGAUCAUUUACAGAAGCGACGGGACCGUGAAGGGAUCGAGAUUGUUUGUUUGAGCAGCCGCGGUGCCUCGGUGUGGGAAUGACAUGCUGCGGUAGAGACGGGGAAUAAUAUUAUGGACAAGGGAACACGGGUGAUGUGACUGCGACGCUUAAAACGAAAAGAAAAUGCUUCCCACUCGUGUCUUUGUGCAGAAAUCAUUGAGUAAGUCGUCUGAUUUUGACUGAAUACUGUUUUAAAGAAAAUUGGCUGCAUGAGUGCAUAUCCUCCCCAGCCCCAUUAGGUUAUAGUCUGAAUCGAUUUGCAGCAUAGCAGUUUACAUUAAGCAAUCAAAGAAGACGAGGAUCUGAAAGGAGGACACCAUGUCGGCGGUGAUGAUCACGCGAAAGGUGCGAAAAUGGGAGAAGUUGCCGGGUAAAAACACUUUCUGCUGCGAUGGACGGGUGAUGAUGGCCCGGCAGAAGGGAGUCUUCUACCUGACCCUGUUCCUCAUCAUCGGGACCUGCUCCCUCUUCUUCGCUUUCGAAUGUCCGUACCUGGCUGUCCAUCUGUCUCCUGCCAUCCCAGUCUUUGCUAUCCUUCUCUUCCUCUUCGUCAUGGCCAUGCUGCUGAGGACCAGCUUCAGUGACCCCGGGGUGCUGCCACGGGCCCUUCCAGAGGAGGCCACAUUCAUCGAGAUGGAAAUCGAGGCCGCCAAUGGGAACGUCCCAGCUGGUCAGCGACCACCACCUCGAAUCCGCAACGUCCAGAUCAACAACCAGAUCGUCAAGCUCAAGUACUGCUACACCUGCAAGAUCUUCCGACCACCUCGGGCGUCUCACUGCAGCAUCUGUGACAACUGCGUCGACCGUUUUGAUCACCACUGUCCAUGGGUGGGCAACUGUGUGGGCAAGAGGAACUACCGUUACUUCUACCUGUUCACGCUGUCCCUCUCCCUGCUCACAAUUUACAUCUUCACCUUUGACAUCGUCCAUGUAGUGAUGCGCUCAGUGGAUCAAGGAUUUUUGAACACUAUAAAGGAAACCCCUGGAACUGUGCUGGAGGUGCUGGUGUGUUUCUUCACCUUGUGGUCAGUGGUGGGACUGACGGGCUUCCACACCUACCUGAUCUCUCUCAACCAGACCACCAACGAGGACAUUAAAGGAUCCUGGUCGGGGAAGAACAGAGUCCAGAACCCUUACAGCCACAAGAACAUCAUCAAAAACUGCUGUGAGGUGCUGUGUGGCCCGGCGUACCCCAGCGUCUUGGACAGAAGAGGACUGAUGCAGGAGGAUCCACACAUUUCUGGAGCUGGCUCUGCUCCCUCCUCCUUUAACAACCCAGCGCCACAAACCACGAAAACCACAGCUCCACUCAUCCCCAAUGAGCACACACCUGAUGAAGCCAAGCCGGGCAUUGCCACCCCAGCAGAGAAGAGCCCCUCCCCCAAUGAGGAGCACCCUCCGGAUACGAAGAUCCCACCCCUGGCUUCGCCCGAGACUGAUGCAGAGACAUCCGUUGUCAAGGACAAGACCCAUUAGCUUCACUGGGGGCGGCUCUCAUCAGAGCCACUCCUCCUGCAUCCUGCCUGGUCAGGAACUGAACCAUUAAUAAUCAAUGUCUGAUUACUGUGCGGGUGACUCAGUUAUUCUCUGACUCCAUUCCCCCAGAAGAUGAAGGUUUUUGCUGCAGCUCUUCCUCUUCCAUCCUAUUCUCACCGGCAGCUGCAGAUCUGUCUGACUGACACUUCCUCCUGCAGGAGGAGGAGUGAUUAGCAGCUUCCUGUCUCCUGAACACUGCAUGGAAAAGACACACAGGAGAGAAGCUGCUGAACGACUUGCAGAACAAAAACUCCCCAAGCAUACGACAACCUUGCUCUGAUUGUCACUAAUACAUUUGUUCUUAUUUAAAAUUGUAUAAAGACAGUGGUUGUGAGAGGCCUGUUCAAAUAUACUCCCUGCAAGUGUCUGGCAAACUCACAAGGUAACACUUCUGGACAUGAGUGUCCACCGUCAGUUUAUGUUGUGCAUACAUUACAUGUCCUAUGCAAACCUACAGAAGGCUGGACGAGCAGCUUUUUGAAGAGUGUGGAUAAAAAGGCUUCAUACACAACGUCCAGGCAGGAAGUGGACAUAUCCUCCGCUGAGAAAUCCUAAGGCAACGUCUACCUUGUAUUCUGAUACUGCUGCAUUCAGAACCGUUGCCACAUCUUUUUUUUCUUUUGUUUUUAUGUGAUCUGAUGCAGACCAAUGGCUGUCCUUCCAUUUUUUCUAUAAUCGAGGACAUAUUGUGCUUUCAAACACAGUGAAAGUCUUGUAUCCAGGUGAUGUUCAGCCUCUGUGUCUGUGAGGAAAGGCCUGAUGAGCGUAGACACUCGUAGUAACAGUGCCUUAUCGUGAUAGUUGCACCAUGUGUAGCAACCGAGGUCCACCAACAGAGACGCGCUUCAAGCAGGUAAUGUUGGAUGAGAAUUUCUACAGAAAUCAGUCCAGUUAACUGUGAAGUGAUGUUUGAUUAUUAAAGGAAUAGUUCGACAUUUUAUGAAACAAAUUUUAUUCAAUUUCUUGCAGUGUGUUGGAUGAGUAGAUUGGCACCGUUCUUGUCUGUCCAUUUUAUAUGAAGCUAGCUUCAUAUAAAAGUUAGCUUAGCAUACAGAUAGCAAACAGGGGACACAGCUAACCUGGACAAAGCUACAUUAUAUUCUUUGCACACAAACAAGAUGUGACUCAAUAACUAUUGAGCGGUAUUGAGAUAGUAGUAGUUUUAUUUAACCCAUUUCAUGUCUGCAUGCUAAGCUAACUAGAUACUAGCCCUCAUCUAACCUCUCGCAAGAAAGAAAGGAAGUGUUGUUUUAACCCUCCUAUUACCUUCAUUUUUUUUAUCAUUGGUGUCAGGAACAAUAAUUAUCAGGAACAAUGACUUAUAUUACAUCGGGGCCAUUGUCUGUAUCAGUGUCCCCAUUAAAUAAGAAAAGGAAUUAAAUAUGGAGCCAAAAAAACAAAAGAUGUUAAUAAUAUAUUUAGAGACGUUAAAAAUUGAAUGGGGUCAAAUUGGCCCCAAAGAUAAUAGGAGGGUUAAACAUUAAAGGGACAAUGGAAAAACACAAGUUUUUUGCUUGCUAAUAGAAAGAAAUGAAUUUUCCUCCAGACUUAAUUAUAAAUCAAAUGUGAGAAGGAACAAUCACUCUUUGGUUGAAACUGGUAGCAACCUGUGGGGAGUAGACGUUGCUACGUUUCAAGAGGUUGUACGUCCUAAAGGCUGAGAACCACUGAAAUAGAUCUUAUGAAGCAAAAAAAAAAAAAAGAAAAAAAAUCUAUGAAGUUAUUUAAUUGUAAAUGUGUUUCAGUGGGUGUAAAUGUACUGAUUAGUGAGGAUAAAUGACAGGAGCAUGUGCAGCCAGAGUUAAUUAUUCAGCCUGUGAGCAUCUCUUCCUGCAAAUCACAACAGCUGAUCUUCCUCAGAGUCCUCUCUCUUCCUGCCGUCUUCUGCCUCUCUCUCAUAUCUAACUCUCCUUUGCUGCGAUGGUUGCAUCGCCCACGGCCCGGGCAGCUUCCCCUGCAGCCGACUCAUUAUCGCAGAGAAUAAAGAAAGAAGUUCGCACAUUUUUUUAUUUUUUUUUUUAUUUUAUGAUCUUUUGCUUGCAGUGGUUGCCUGAGGGGAGAGAAGCGUCCACACAGAAGAACAAGAGAAAGUCCGGCUAAUUCUUAGUAUUUAAAUGAUGUUAGCUGAUAGCGAGAGUUUGUACUAGUGAUUGUGCUGUAUGCGAGACAGAGUUUGUGCUUGUGAAAUAUAGUUGUGUAGCAAUGCUAGUAUUGUAUCUGAAAUCUGCCCAAGAUGAUUUAUUAUGAGAACGCUCAGAGUUUCUCCUUAAUCCCCUAAAAAUAUACUUUACAAUCAAGAGUUGAGGAUCCAGGGAUUGUUGUUCAGUGAGGAUUUAAUGUCAUUUAAAGAUGGAUAUCAGACACUAUUAGAUAAUGAGAGAUGAAUCUAAGUGUGAAGCUUACAAAUGUUUUAUGAUUUAUUCAUCUGUGGAGGAUUUGUUUUGGUCAGAAAACAGAGGAAAGUUGGUGUAUUCAUAUUCAAAACCCACACAUAUUUGAUUUUUUAUCAUAAAUUCAGGAAAUGUUUACAUUUUAAAAAUUGGAAAUUGAAGCAAACAAUUGACCGUAACUUUGCUGCCAGUCACUUUCCAGCUCUACAGUUGGCGCGGUAUUGGUUUCUGCGUAAUAACUGAAUGUUUGUUUGGAAAACUUUUCAACAAAUGUUCCAGUACGAACGACUUAAUCGGACCCAGUUUUUAAAGAUGUACUCGAUUCAAAGUAUUCAAAGACAUUUUUUGUGUCUUUGAUCCAUUUGCUUCACCAUCACAGAGAAACCAAGAAUGUUUGUUGUUGAUAUUCGAUAAAAAGGGACGUUUGUGUUUCUGAGCAGACUUUGAACGGGCGGAUGAACUUUUUAAUUUUGAGCUGAAGGUUUUCAGACUGUAGAGCGACCCAGGUGAACUCUUGUAUUUGAUUCCUGUGUUAAACCCGUCAUCAGACCUGAAUGCUCUGAUCAGUCUAUUACACUGUAUUAUGUAUACAGAUACAGUACUACUAUACCAUUGAUGGAACGCUUAUUUAUGUUCACUUUGUUUAGUAUCAGCACUGUGAUUAUAUGUAUUUCAUUCGGUUUCAUUCACUUCUUUUUACAUGAUCAAUGUGACUGGUAAAUAAACAACCUUGUAUUAUUAUAA